AUGCGACCGCGAUUCUUCAUCGUUGUCCUAGCCUCUGUCAUUGUGGUUCAGAUUAAGGCCCAUAUAGGCAUGGGACUCUUACAGAAAGCGUUCCAGAAGGAAAACAGAGACAAGGAAAUUGACAAAGAGAGGAAACAACUAGGUAUAUACAGAAAAAACGACGAACACAAGAGUACAGGGAAACUCCAUGGACUAUUUGGCUCAUUUAUGCAUAUAGGUCCCUUCCAAAAGGCGGUGGAAAAGGAGAAAAUAGAUGAAGAAUUUGACAAAAAGAAGUACCAACAAGGUAUAGACAGAAAAAACGACAAACGCAAGACGACAGAGGAGCUCCAUGGACUCUUUGCGGGCUCUGAUGCAAAGAUACGGAUGCUUGCAAGGGCCGCCAGUAUUCAGCUUAACGCCCUCAAAGAUAUCCUUAACGCGGAACACGUUGAUGCCAAUAUACUCCGUGAAAGCAACAAUUACCGGCAGGUGUGGAGGAAACAGUUCAAGGAAUAUUGUCCGUACGCGAAUGAGGACGAAGAUUGUGAUGAGACAGCUUUCUACCGAACUGCCGAUGGAACAUGUAACAACUUGCAGAACCCGAAAUGGGGAGCCACCUUUGCACCCGAGUUAAGGGAAGUUCCCGCCAUGUAUGACGACGGCAUUAACGAGCCACGACAAAAAGACCGUAUUGGUAACCCCCUGCCAAGUGCAAGGCUUAUCAGCAAUAUACUGCAUAAAGUGGACGGAGAAAGCCCCAGAAACUCUAACAGAACAAUGAUGGUUAUGCAGUUUGGCCAGUUUAUAGACCAUGAAUUUGUGGCAACACCAGUCAUGAAAGGCGAUGGGGGAACUAACAUCCAGUGUUGCGGUGCAGAGAAUGUCAACAGGACACAAUGCUUUCCAAUAUCCAUUCCUGAUGACGACCCUUACUUCAACAAGUCGUGUAUGAACUUUGUUCGUUCUGCACCUGUUGCUCGCGAGGAUUGUGACGCAGGUGUUCGGGAGCAGAUGAACCAUGUGACGUCAUUUAUCGAUGGUUCUGCUGUUUACGGUUCUACCAAAGAGAACAUGAUGGCUUUACGGACGAUGUCCGGUGGUUACCUGAAGUCCAUUGAUGAGCUUUAUGAAAUGCUUCCAAAGAAUAGUGACAACGCCUGUGUCAUGUCUGAACCGGGAGAUUAUUGCAUGAAAGCUGGUGACUUUCGUGUUAAUGUGGUCCCCAGUCUGGGCUGGACCCACACCCUGUUUUUCCGAUCUCACAACCGAAUGGCAGAAGCAUUGGCGGAAAUCAAUCCUCACUGGAAUGACGAAACUCUUUUCCAACAGGCAAGGAGGAUACACGCCGCACAGAUGCAGAUCAUUACUUAUAAUGAGUACCUUCCAUCUAUAUUAAACGAUAACACCAUGAGGGAGUACAACUUGAACCUAAAGACAAAUGGUUAUAACGAAGUGUACAGACCUAAUGUGAACCCAACCAUUGCCAAUGUGUUUGCAGUUGCCGCAUUUAGGUUCGGUCACUCUCAGAUCGCUGACUACCAGGCCAUCAUGAAUAACGACUACAAGAUUGUCGAGAAGAGACCAAUAGAAGAGACUUACCUUAAUCCACAUAUGGUAACAUUCGAAAAUGGCGGUUCACUAGCGGGUAUAGGCAGAUGGCUGUCUGCAGACCCAACACCAUUGGCCGAUGGGUUGUUCGAAGCAGGAACGCGUAACAAGUUGUUUAUGGACGAGAUGAAAAACAGUCUAGACCUGCCUGCCCUAAAUAUCCAGCGUGGACGCGACCACGGAAUACCUCCAUAUAACCACUGGCGAAACCAUUGUCGAUUUGAAAAGGCUAAAAUGGACAAAGAUGGAUUCGUUUUGCCUGACCACACCGAAAAACAAACCAAACUACUUCAAGAGGCAUACAGUCACGUUGACGACAUCGACCUAUUCGCGGGUGCCAUGACAGAAACAUUACUGCCUGGAAGCUCUGUCGGUCCGACGUUUGCCUGUCUGAUCGGCCGGCAGUUUCAAAGAAUUAUGGAGGGGGACAGAUACUGGCAUGAGACUUCUAAUAAAAUCACUCGAUUUACACUUGACCAGCUUCAAGAGCUCCGUAAGAUAACCCUUGCGAAGGUGAUGUGUGACAACUACCAUAUCGAGAAGAUACAACCCAAUGUCUUCGUGGUACCAUGCAGUGGCAAUGAACGAAUGUCAUGUGAUGACCUACCAGGGAUUGAUCUGACCAAAUGGAAGGAUUAA